CUCCCCCACUUGCCUUCCCCCACCUACCAGCCUCCCCCCACCUACUACCACCUACCAGCCUCCCCACCUGCCGCCCUCCGCCAGACUCCCCCAGCUGGCCUCCACAACAGUCCAUGCUUGCCGCCACGCGCCUCUACACCAGCUCUCUCUCACUAAUUAGGCAAAACUGUUUCUAUCUCCUGGGUGUGCAAGGAGCAUUGUCAAGGAACUAUAAGAUGGAAUACCCAAAAGUGCACCGUGAGGACACUGUUGAAGAACUGCAUGGAAUAAAGGUAGCAGAUCCCUACCGAUGGCUGGAAGAUCCAGACUCUGAAGAAACUAAGGCAUUUGUAGAUGCUCAAAAUGCUAUAACGGUGCCAUAUCUAGAAAAAUGCCAUGGACGUGAGAGGAUAAAAUCAAAAUUGACAGAAUUGUGGGAUUACCCAAAGUAUUCCUGCCCAUUUCGCAGAGGAAACAGAUAUUUCUUCUUCAUGAAUACUGGUUUGCAAAAUCAAAGUGUGAUGUAUGUUCAAGACACUAUUGAGGGAGAAGCACGUGUAUUUCUUGACCCAAAUAAGCUCUCAGAAGAUGGGACUGUGGCUAUAUCAGGUUCUGCUUUUAGUGAAGAUGGAGAAAUUUAUGCAUAUGGUCUUAGUAGCAGUGGCUCUGACUGGAUAACUGUCCACUUCAAGAAGGUAUCAACAGGAGAAGACUUCCCAGAGGUGCUAGAGAAAGUAAAGUUCUCGAGUCUGACAUGGACUCAUGAUCAUAAGGGCAUCUUUUACGGGGUAUGGGUUACCAUCGCCCCUGUUGCUGACGGGACAGAGACCUUGAGUAGUGAAAAUCAAAAGUUGUUCUAUCAUCGUAUUAAUACAUCACAAAGUGAAGAUGUGUUGGUUGUGGAGUUUCCUGAACACCCAAAAUGGCGCAUAGGUGCAGAGGUGUCAGACUGUGGGCGCCACCUGAUAAUUACCACACACCAGGACUGUCGAGAUAAUCUUCUCUACCAUGCACCCUUACCUGAAAGCAUCACUACCAAAAUAAACCUCACCUGUAUCAUUGACACUUUUGAAGCCGAUUAUGAGUACAUUACCAAUGAUGGAACAAUAUGUGUCUUCCGGACUAACAAAGGGGCACCCAAUUACCGUCUGGUGAAGAUUGACUUAGCCAGCCCUGCUCCUGAGAAGUGGGAAACUCUUGUCCCAGAGCAUGAGAAGAAUGUCUUGGACUGGGCAGCUAGCGUCCAUGGAAACAAGCUAGUUAUAUGCUACAUUUGUGAUGUGAAGAGUGUGUUGGAACUGCAUAGUCUAGAAAGUGGGGAACUCCUUACCACUCUUCCCCUGGACAUUGGCACAGUGAGCGGCUACUCUGGAAAACGCACUCACUCUGAAAUAUUUUAUCAGUUUACAUCUUUCCUUUCCCCUGGAGUAAUUUAUCACCUUGAUCUUACACAAGAACCCCUUCAGCCCAAGAUUUUUCGUGAAAUCAAAAUUGAGGGAUUUGACCCCAAAGAGUUUGAGAUGAAGCAAGUGUUUUACAGCAGCAAAGAUGGGACAAAGAUCCCCAUGUUCAUAGUGCACUCCGAGGGGUUGAAGCUUGACGGGAAGGCCCCUACCUUGCUGUAUGGCUAUGGUGGCUUCAAUAUUAGCAUUCAGCCAUAUUUUAGCAUCUCCAGGGUCAUAUUUUUACAAAUGUUCAAAGGUGUCAUUGCAGUUCCUAACAUAAGAGGGGGAGGCGAGUAUGGUGAAGCGUGGCACAACACUGGCCGCUUGCUUAAUAAGCAAAAUGUGUUUGAUGAUUUCCAAGCAGCAGCUGAGUACCUGAUUAAUGAGAGGUACACAUCUAGUAGGUUACUCAUCAUUCAGGGUGGGUCAAAUGGCGGCCUACUGGUUGGUGCGUGUAUGAAUCAGAGGCCCGACUUGUUUGGGGCGAUCAUUGCUCAGGUUGGGGUAAUGGAUAUGCUGAGGUUCCACAAGUUUACAAUUGGUUAUGCUUGGUGCUCAGAUUACGGCAACCCAGAUGAAAAGGAGCACUUUGAUAAUGUUUUGAAGUACUCACCUCUGCAUAAUGUCAAGGUCCCAGCUGAAGGUAUUCAGUAUCCUGCGACGUUACUGUUAACAGCAGAUCACGACGAUAGAGUGGUACCUCUGCAUUCCUUCAAGUUUAUAUCGGAGUUACAGUUCAAGCUCGGCAACAACUCCACUCAGACCAAUCCACUCCUUAUUCGCAUUGAGACAAAAGCAGGGCAUGGUGGAGGGAAACCUACAGCAAAGAUUAUUGAAGAGCACACUGACAUCUAUUGCUUCAUCAUGCAGGCUCUGGGCUUGGAAGAGUCGUGACUUGCCUCGAGGAACUCUCCCAGUUGCAUCUUUGUAACUUCUUAUUGUACAAGAUAUACUCUUAAUUCCAACAUCUGUAACUUUGACUUUUCUUUGAUACAAGUGAAUUUGCCAAUAUCAUACUUUUGAUGCCAAAGAUUGAGGAUAAAGCCUGUUUCCUUCCAUUGUAAGAAUUAUAUUUACCAAAAGUUUUUUGAAACACCUAAUGUACUGUAUUAUCAUUUAUAUAUUAUUAACACGAAAUUGUAAAAUUAACACGGGUAAAGAAAAAGUAUGCCACAACACUGUCCUAAAAUGUAUAUUUUUAGAAAUAGCAUGUAUACUUAGAGCACAGGGUGCUCACAGUGCUAAGAAAUACUAAAUUUGAGAGUAGACUUUAUUGGUAGAUAUUUUGUCUGCAAGGGCUUUAUUUUAUUAAAUCAAAUACACCAAACUUGUGCAUAUAAAUGUGAAAAGUUGAGGGGGUAAGGAGAGUGCAGUGAAGGCAACACCCCACCACCGUAGUGUGUGUUAUAAGUAUUAAGUAAAGCAAGAAGGGGUGAUAGUGUUGAACAUAACUUUGACCUGUUCAGUGGUGUGUUGGUAGCUGUAGAUUCUGCACAUUUUCUCCUAGUGUUGUCUUCUAUUUUGGUGAUGCAGUUAGCAUCCUUAAAUUGAUGAAGUGUUGCCCUUGGUUCCUGUUUGCCAGAUAAGAGUUAUUACAGUUUUUGACAUAAAAAGGAUUCUUAUGUUUGUAAUUUUGUUUGAUCUAAAUUUAAGUAUGGUUAACCUAUAAAUAAUGUCACAAUUAUUUUAGGGUGUACUAUUGUGUACAAUCCUGCCAUAGUGACCAUGAUUUUUUGUUAAUUUCUCUGUGUGGGUAUUGAUGAUAAUUAAAGUUUUAUGCACAAAAUCCUGUAUAGUACUGAUUCUAUUAGUCACUGUUUGUUGUUUACUACCGAUCCUGUCUCAAGACUAAGCCAUUGUUCUGGUUCUGCUUUGUUGUGUUGGUUGUUUGUCUUUGCUGGUUUUCUGUAUUUCCUAAUAAACUAUAAAUGGCUGAAGAUUUAAGACGGAAUUAGUAAUGUGUUGCCAUUACAACAUGCUAGAUCUUAAAUAUCCUCUAUGUUUCAUUAUUGAAUGCAGAACCCAAGCAAUAAGAAAAUUAAGAAUAUCACUAACAAAGCCAUAUUAAAUCACUGGCUCACUCUUCCGAGAGUGCAAAUAAUGUAACUCAACCCCACUACUCUCAAUACCCGUAUUAGAAGUAGAAAGAAUAAUGUCACCAUGGCAUGGGGGAUACACUAUACUGUUAUAAUUGUGACACAUUAUACAUAGGUAUAACAUGCACAAACUUGCUGCGAUGAUUUACAAAGAUAAAUAAUCCAUGUCAGUAACGCCAACAACGUGUGUUUGUCACACAUCAGGACCACCUCCACAUUAACUUGAGGAAGAGUCAACUCACCGUCAAAGAAAACACAACUGGGGUGACAUUGUUUGGCAUAUACAGCUGUUAAACCACUUAACACCAUCAAACAUAGUGAAGAAAAUUUCAACUUCACAGUAUUAUAGCCUUGAUAUUUACUUGCAUGGUGAUAACCUUCAUUAUUUUGACAAAUAUGUUAAGAUUUCAUAUAAUACAGUUAUUCUAAAUCAGUUUAACUUACACACUGAGAUUAAAAGGCAUGAAAUUAUGCCAUAAAGAUAAUUUUACUCUUAAAAGAAGAGUAACUUUUUGAUGUUUGACAUUUUGAGUUUGGUAAGAACUAUGGCAGGCCUUUUAUAUACAUUACUUCAUUUAAGAAACCCUAAUGUUACCUCAUUGACAAAUAAUAAAGUGGUUGGAACGGUAAAUA